CCCAGCGGGGAGACGGAGAGUCCACGCAGAAAGCAGGCGCUCUCGCGCGCCCGUCACCUGGAGAGGAGAGGAGAGGAGACGAUCAUAACACGCACGCACGGAACGCCCUUCGCAUGUCAGUGGAUCUACAAGUACGGCCAGGAUGCGCACGCGUGCGCCACUUUUUCUUUUUCUUUUUCUUUUCCUCUCUCCACGCGCGUCUUUAUCCCGCUUAAUCAAUCAGUCACUCAGCAGCCGCGUGUUUCCAAGGCGGCAGCUGAUUGAUUGAUCUCUCUCUCUCUCUGUUCUAUUAUUUCCACGGGGGGCGGGGGAAGCGGCUGCGCCCUCCCUGCCUGCUGCUGCUGUUGCUGCUGCUGGUCCAUCAUCUUGGGCACCAGCAGCAGCUUCUCCGCACCGUCUCCCGCUGUUCCAGCCAAGAGAUCGGAACCCGGCACGCUCACCGUGUGUUUUGCGUGUUGUUUGUUUUGUUUUUUUUGCGAUGCGCGUAGCCGUGCAGCAGCAGAUUUAAAAGCGCGCUCUGGCGAUGCUGCUGCAAAUGAGCGCGGAAACGGGGGGAGCCGCGGACGGGUUUCUUCUGGACGUCUAGGGCUUUUUGCUCAAGGAGGAGGCUCUUGGAUGAUGCGCCUUCUGCUCUCGGGCCGCUUUCCGACGCCGCGUCUUUCGGAGCGCUUCGCCGGCGACGUGAUCCAUGUCCCAUUGUCAGUCCGAGCGUCACCACCACCACCACCAUGUCCCCAGCCUCAGCCGCCACAGCCAGUGAGAGCAGCACCACCACGGUGCCGGAGGAGGAGGCGGACAGCGCUCGGGAGGAGCAGCGUCCUCAGAAACAGUCCCUGAGCAAGUCGCUGUGCAGGGAGACCCACUGGAAAUGUCUGCUGCUCUCCUUGCUCAUGUACGGUUGCAUAGGAGCCAUGACCUGGUGUCACGUGACCAAGGUGACUCGGCUCACCUUCGACAGCGCAUACAAGGGGAAAUCCAUGAUGUACCACGACAGUCCCUGUUCCAAUGGCUACAUCUACAUUCCCUUGGCCUUCCUAGUCAUGCUCUACGUGGUCUACCUUGUGGAGUGCUGGCACUGCUACACCAGGAAUGAGCUACAGUACAAGGUGGACGUGGAGAACGUGUGCGAACGCAUCCAGAGGAUGCAGCAAGCCACGCCAUGCAUCUGGUGGAAGGCAAUCAGCUACCACUAUGUGCGCAGGACCCGGCAGGUCACCCGCUAUCGCAACGGAGAUGCGUAUACUACCACCCAGGUCUACCACGAGAGGGUGAACACGCAUGUGGCGGAGGCUGAGUUUGACUACAGCAAUUGUGGGGUGAAGGAUAUCUCGAAACACCUGCUGGGCCUGGAGAAUUUUGCCGUCACCAAGUUGAGGUUCACAAAGUGCUUUAGCUUCGCCAAUGUGGAGUCAGAGAACUCCUACUUGACGCAACGCGCCAGAUUCUUCACGGAGAACGAGGGCCUGGAUGACUACAUGGAGGCCCGGGAAGGAAUGCAUCUUAAGAAUGUAGACUUUAAAGAAUACAUGAUUGCCUUCUCUGAUCCAGACCACCUACCGUGGUACGUGUCUCACUAUGUAUUCUGGAUGUCAGCCUUCUUAACCCUGUCCUGGCCUCUGCGGGUGUUGACUGAGUACCGCACAGCAUACGUCCACUACCACGUGGAGAAGCUGUUUGGGUUUGACUAUGUCCCCAUGACCCCCUCGGACGAGCGGCCGUUCUGCCGCCACAUUCCCAGAGUCAACACCAUUGACAGCACGGAACUGGAGUGGCACAUUCGCUCCAAUCAGCAGCUGGUGCCCAGCUACUCGGAGGCCGUGCUCAUGGACCUCGCCCAGCUGUCCAGCUGCAACACCUACACUAUCUGUGGCUACCGGCAGAACUGCGAGCGGUGCCACCGGACCAUCAGCAGCUCGUCCAUCUUUUCCAGGAGCGCGCUCAGCAUAUGCAAUGGCAGCCCUCGUAUCCCUUUCAGCGCCAGCCGCUUCUCGCUGGGCCGCCUCUAUGGCUCGCGACGCAGCUGCUUCUGGAGGAGCCACAGCGGCAGCCUGAAUGAGCAGAACUGCCCCACGGAGAACACACGCUGCCUCUCCGGGCAGGUCACGAGCGAGGAGAAUCCCCCUCCCUAUCAGGAUGCUCUCUACUUCCCCGUGCUCAUCGUUCACCGGAACGAAGGCUGCCUCCAUCACAACCACAGGUCUCUACACAGAAAUGGCUCGUGUGUGGAGACUUCCUUAUAAAGACAUAAUAAAGCAAUU